AGGAGGACCAUAAAUAGGCCCCAGGCCAGCCUCCUCACUCACCUCCCCUUCCUCCACCACCUGCCAGUCUCCGAAGCUGCCCAGCUGCCCCAGCCCUGAAACCAUGCCCCUAGGUCUCCUGUGGCUGGGCCUCACCCUGCUGGGCGCCCUGCAGACCCAGGCCCAGGGCCCCACCAAAAACCUGAUCCCAGCCCCACCCCUGUCCAGGGUCCCGCUGCAGCCGAAUUUCCAAGAUGACCAGUUCCAGGGAAAGUGGUACGUCGUGGGCCUGGCGGGGAACGCAUUUUCAAAAGAAGAACAAGGCCGGUUUAAGAUGUACACCACCACCUACGAGCUGAAAGAAGACCACAGCUACAACGUCACCUCCGUCCUGCUCAAGGGCCAGCGCUGUGACUACUUUACCAGACCUUUUGUCCCAAGUGCCCAGCCUGGACAGUACACGCUGGGCAACAUUAAGACUUACCCGGAAAUGCAGAGCUACACCGUGCGAGUGGCUGCCACCAACUACAACCAGUUCGCCAUAGUGUUCUUCAAGAAGGUCUUCGAUAACCAGGAGUACUUCAAGAUCACCCUCUACGGGAGGACCAAGGAGCUACCCGCUGAACUGAAGGAGAACUUCAUCCGCUUCACCAACUCCCUGGGCCUCACCAGCGACCACAUCCUCUUCCCUGUCCCGAUCGACAAGUGCAUCGACGACCAGUGAGCCGGCGGUGAGUACCCGGCUGGGGACGGGGCUGAUGGGAGCCGAAGCGCAGAGGCCUGCGGCACCCCCACAGCUGCCGCUGCCGCCGAUGUGCCUCCUGUCUCUCUCCUUCCCCAUGGCCCUCGCAUCAGCCUCUGCCCAAGAUGCCGCCCAGCUGCCCCCACCAGCCCGGACGCCAGUGAGAGGGCCAGGAGACCCUUCUCACAGUCCAGCCCACCAAGCUGCCCCCUAAGCCAGCCUGCUGAUGGAAUCGCUCCCUGACUGCCAAAUAAACCCGUGCUCCCAGUC